AAAACAUCGCAGGCCACUGAAAAACCGAAGGAAAUGAAGGAUCAGGAUCACUUGAAGAGGCAAGACGAAGGAGAGAGGAAGGAGCCGCCGCAGGAGGAUGAUCCCUCCGUUUGGCAAGAAGCUAGGGGCAGGUCAUGGCAACACAUCGCCAAGCAUCAGGCUGCGUUGAAGGAGCACAUGAGGGACAACGCUCACGAGUACUCCCACCUCGUCCGUUCGCAUGCUGCAGAGGGGCGAGGUUGAAGGACAAGGCAAACGGGCGAGGCUCCCCUUCUUAUUCUUUCAGGUUUGAGCUUUUUAAUCGAGCAUUGCGGCUCACCCGGCGUGGCCCGUGGCGCGGCACUGCCGUUGGCACGCUUGCCACGGGUGACCGUCCCAAGCUGACGCUGCCGAAACUGCCACCGUGGCGGCCUGCCGGUGCUGGCCGGGCGGCCCGGCGUCCGUGACAUUGGCCGGGCCGCCGGCCGCGCCGGGCCGGGGCGGCUUCCGGGCGUCCGACGGAGGGCCGGUCACCGGGUCGACCUGACGGAUCGCAUGCCAGCC